UGAAAGGAAUUUGUUUUUUCUUCUUUAAGGUCAUGAAGAACUUAAGCCAAUGAAAGUAAUUCAAGGUGAUGUAUGUAAUGCUGAGGACAUAGAAGAUGCUUGUAUUGGGGUGGACUGUGUCAUCCAUACUGCCGCAGUCAUCAGUGUUGGACUGUUUCCCGACAAGGACAAGAUGCACUCUGUAAAUGUUGAAGGAACACGCAAGGUGAUCAGUGCCUGCAUCAAAAACAGUGUUCCCAGGCUGGUCUUCACAAGCACGGUGGAUGUUGUCGUAGGUAAGGACCAUAUCUUCUAUGGUACAGAAAUUACAACUUCCACUUCUGGCACGUUCUUGAUGGAUGGCUACGGUGAAACCAAGUUGGAAGCAGAACAGCUCAUCCUCGAAGCAAAUGGAAAAAGCUUGCCCAAUGGGAAAGAUAUUUUACAUACACUAGCCCUCAGGCCGACAGUGUUGUAUGGAGAAGAAGAUUCUUACUUUAUCAUCAGUGCACUGAGGGCAGCUAAGAAGAGGAAAGGUGUUCUUCAACGAGUCCAUAGUGUCGAUGAGAGGUUGCAAGUCACAUAUGCAGGAAAUGCUGCUUGGGCUCACAUUAGAGCCAAGAAUACUCUUUGCAAGGACAAAACAGUCGCCGGAGAGGUGUAUUUUAUCACUGAUGAUACUCCAAUAAUUGACAUUUAUGAAACCAUGCGACCUUGGGUAGAGGCUCGAGGGUUCAGACUCUCAAGUUAUGUACUACCUUACAUGCUUGUCUAUACUAUAUUAUCCAUUGUUUGCUUUUUCUUAAGGUUGGUUAGUCCUUUCUACAAGCCUCAAGAACACGUAACAUCUACGGCAGAGUUAAAAUACUUGUGUACCACUUAUUUUUUCAAUCGUGUUAAAUCCACUUUAAGACUUAGCUAUUACCCAAUAUACACCCCUGAUGAAUCCAACAAAAACAGUCUGGUUUAUUAUGCCAAUGUUAAAAUAUAAGCUAAUUCAUUAUUUGACUUGUAGAUCAAAUAAAAAAACAAAAAAAACAUUACUGUAGCUUGAUCAAAGGGUAAGUUAUAAUUUAAAAAGUAUUCAAAACCAAUUCAGAGUGAUUGAAUCAGAGUUUGGUACUCCUAAAGACAUUAUUAAAAAAUUCCACUAUAAAGAAGAUGAAUUGUUGGAAAGGAUUCAGAAGAGAGCUUCUACAAUGAUAUUUGGAAUGGAAAGGUUGGCAUACAAGGAUGGGCUAAGAUCUCUGAAAUUGUUUUAUCAUGACAAAAGAAGAGUUGGAGGGGAUCCGAUUGAUAAAGGAAAUGAUAAUACAUUAUCUUUAUUCUUAUAUAAUGGUAAAAACGGUAAGAUUAGGGGACACGAAAUAUAUAAAUUUUGGCAAGUUAGGAGUCAGCUUCAUCUAAGACAGCUUUAUUUUUUUUUAACAGGGUAGUUGGCCUUUGGAAAAAGGUUGCUUUCAGAUGUGGUAGGUGCAAUUAAUGUAAGGGAAGGUUUGAUAAUUAUAAGGACUAGCUUUGAGUAUUUUAUUUUAGUAUAGUGGAUGGGACAGCCUAGAUGGUCCAGUAGGUUCCUUUUCCUUACAUUCUAUUUAUACAUACGUAAUUCAUGCAUUAUUUUUUUAACAUACUUUUGACAAAUUUACUGAUGUAGUUAAAUUUCAACAUUUUUGAUUUAUAAAACGUGUGUUCUGUUCAAUUAAUAAUUUGGUUAAAGACCAACAUGGGUAUGUUGUUUCAGUGGAACUUGAAAUUGAAACGGAGAAGACAGAAUGGGUUUGACAACUUUAAUGGACCUGUUGAAAUGAAAUGAUGUUUCAGCUUCUUUUCCCGAGACCUUGUAGUGUCUUAUAAAGGUUAGCAUGGCCGUGUGGGUCAAGCGGGUGUGGUGAUGGGUAGUUGUUGUCAGGAGGACACUGAUGUCAUCUGUAGAAUUUGGUGGUGGUGGUUAUCCACAGGUCGAUGAUAUGCAAAACUAUUGCCUCUGUUGAGUUCAGGUUGUUGUAGUUAUGCAGAUAAGAUUCUUUGACUUUUCUUUCUUUCUUUCCAGUGGCAAGCUUUGUCUAAAAUUAUAUGUUGAUCCCAGUUUAUGAUAUUGUCCUGUUUUGUAAUUAUGCCGGUUUAACCUGAAUGUGGUAGUCUAAGUGCAUUUUUAUGUCUAUCCAUCAAUCAGGUUCUCUGAUGUAAAUGUUUCUGCAAGAACAUGGUACCUUUAGAUGAGUUUUUUUUUUAUAUUUAGACUUGUUGGUUGUAUCACAUUAGGAAGGAUGUUUCUUUAUCACUAAAUUUCCAGCAAAUCUUUUUAAGUUGGGAAUGUAGGUUAGAGGCAUGAUAAAUGUGUGUUAUGUUGGCCUUGUUGUGGAAUCUUGUUCUUCUUAGAUGUAUAUAUAGAACUGGAAGGGUAUCCAUUGUUUCUGAAAACUUUCUCUCAGAAGAUUAGUUCUUUGUUACAAAUCUUUCCGGCUCUGAUGUAAUCCUAUUUUUAAUAGUUCUGGGGUGGUUUUACUUGUAGUGUAGGCACAGAAGUAGUGAUAUGGUCAUCAUACAGAUGAACUAGUAUUGCAAGAAAUGGGUUUUAGUUUCUUCCAACUACAUUGUGGAUUGUAUACUGGGGUUUACAGAAUUUAAGUGAUGGAGGAAAUCUUCAAAAAAUGAUAAUCUAAAAGACCUAAUAACAAGUGUUUCCAAAUCUUAGGAUUCAAGUUAAUUGUCUGUUGGUCACUUGCUUCAAAAUCUUCCGUAAAAAUGUUGCCGAGAACAGAUGAUCCCAUAAGAAGACUACUGGUUUGUUCAUAGAAUCUGUUUCGAAAUUGGAAUGUAGGUGAAGUUAGUGCAAAAGUUCUGACUGACAGAAACUUGUAAGAUGAUGUAGAAAGUUGUCUACUGUUAAUCUCUUGUGGACCAAGGUUGGCAUGAAUGCUGGGGAAUAGAUUAGUGUCAUCAAAACUGACCAAAACAUCAGAAGGUUUUUAAGAUAUAUUUACAAAAAUUACUGCAUUCGUGACUUUGGUUGGUGAAUUAUUUGCAAGGAACCUGGCUGCAUUAUGGCAAGAUGGGUCUAUGGCACUGACAAUGGGUCCAAGAGGAACAUCAGGUUUAUAUUACUUGGGUAAACCAUCCGUUGAUGUUUAAGAAUCAUGCCAAACCUUUCACUCUUUUUGGUGGGUAAGAUUUUACAUUCUUUGUUUGCAAUUAAUAAAGGACUAUUUUUAAAAAUAUUCCA